CGUUCGUUCGUUGGGUUCGUUCGCCGGCAUCGCUCUCGCCCGCCCGGCUCCGCUCGUCCGCGAGUCGAUCUAAGGUCGGUGGCUCGCGUCGCGUCGCACGCGAAAAGGGAGUGUCUCGCCGGCGAUCCUCGCGGAACGGAAUCUCACGACCGUCCAGCCUUCAGGAUGGUGUUUCUCGGCCCGGUGACGGGUGUCGCCGCGAACCAGUCGUCUGCUACUCGACAGGCCGCCCCUGUUCUUCCCUGAUCCUCCCCGGAGUGUAUCCGAGAGACUGGCCACCGGAGGGAACUCGUUUGCACAGGACCCGAAGCGUUACAAGUGCCGCGGUGGUUCGUGCGCGUUUAGUAUCAGCGAGAGCCCUCUCCGAGGACUCCGUACGGACGAACAAACAGUGCUUAGGGGAUUCUCGGGAGAACCGUAACCUCUCGAUGACCGCCACCCGAGACGCGCCUGUUUCGCGAGUGUAGAGGCCCACAGUGUCCAGCCUCGAAUCCUCUAACGAGCAGAGGCCUAACUCGCUCGAAGACGAUCGUCCGGUGAAUCCCGAGCUAGGCGCGGCGUUGUCGAGAUGACUGGACGCUUCGGGAGCCGGUAGUCCGUGGUUGGCAGGGAUGUCCCCGUGACAUGUUACCCCGUGACCUUUGCUGGCGCGACUACAACGUCCUCCGCGGAGAGGGUCGUCCCCUGGCGCACGGAUCCGGCGAGGAGAGCUGCCGACCGGUGUCCCUUCAUCCACGUGGGCUGGAAUACCGACUGCUGCCAGUGGUGCAGCUCAAGCCCGACUUCGGGAUCCCGUAUGUGCUCUGCUGGCGCGUGCCGAGCGCGAUCCACAGGAUCCAGAUACCGUUUCAGCACCACCGCCAGCACUACCAUCACCAUCACCAUCAUCAUCAUCAUCACUACCACCGGCAGUACCAUCGUCAACGACGCCGCCGACACUUUCAGUCGAGCACGCCCCGAAGACACCCGGCCGUCGUUGCGCCGUUCUCGGUCUCGUCGGCGAGGUUCCCUUCGCCGUACGGCUGCACUUUGCGGCGCGGAGAUCUUCCCGCCCUGCCUGGUAUGGAAACAAGACUGGACCGUUUCGUAGCGAGCAAAAAUGAAGACACGAGGUACAAAGCGAAUCAUUGCGUGAGCGGGGGCGGUAGCCGCGGAAACGGCGCGACUGGCGGUACCGGAGGCGGUCUAGGUAGCGGAGGCGGAGGCCGCGGGGGCGGCGGGUACAAGCUGCCCGCUGGCAAGCUGUGCAACGAACACCGCCACCACUCGCAUCAUCACCGGCAUCACCCACACCAUCGCUCCCACCAUCGGGGCAUGAACAUGGGCCAAAAAAUUUCAGGCGGCGUGAAGAGCGUGGCGCGCGAGAACGGAGCUGGAACGGGCGGCGACCGAGUCGCCGUUGAAAACGGCGGCGGCGGCGGCGGCACCGUCCCGUACAAACCGGUGGUGCCCAGGGAGCUGGCGCAAGAUUUCUCGAGGCCGGCACGCCUCGAUGUCCUCCUCGACAUGCCGCCCGCCUCGCGGGAGACGCAAAUCCAUCACAGUUGGAACGCUGACGACCGUAGUCUGAACAUAUUCGUCAAGGAUGAGGACAAGUUGACGUUUCACCGACACCCCGUGGCGCAGAGCACAGACUGCAUCAGGGGGAAGGUGGGUUACACGAAGGGUAUGCACGUGUGGGAGCUGUACUGGAGCACGAGGCAACGGGGCACGCACGCCGUGGUCGGCGUCGCGACGGCGGACGCGCCUCUCCACAGUGUCGGCUACCAUAGUCUCGUGGGCAACAGCGAGCUCAGCUGGGGCUGGGAUCUGGGCAGGAAUAGGCUCCUCCACGACUCGAAGAACAACGGCGGCGUCACGUACCCAGCCCUCCUCAAACCCGACGAGACGUUCAUCGUUCCUGACAAAUUCCUCGUGGUCCUGGACAUGGAUGAAGGUACGUUAGCAUUCGUCGUAGACGGCCAGUACCUUGGAAUCGCGUUUAGAGGCCUUAAAGGCAGGAAGCUGCAUCCUAUCGUGUCCGCCGUAUGGGGACACUGCGAGAUCACGAUGAAGUACAUUGGUGGACUUGAUCCUGAACCUCUGCCCCUCAUGGACCUGUGUCGAAGAGUAAUCCGUCAACGGAUCGGCAAGCACAGACUAGAAGAGAAAGUUCAGAUGCUGAACCUGCCGCAGGCAAUGAAAACUUAUCUCCUCUACCGCGACGGGAGAUAACAAUCGAGUGGCGCCAGUGAAAACGUCACCACGAUUACGACUGUGAACACCACCGCGCUAGGUUGCCACCACGACCUACAGGGGAACAUCGUGCCGAGACGACCAUGGUGGUCGUCAUCGUCUUCCUCGUCACGUUCAUCGUCAUCCUCCUCUUCAUCCUCCUCUUCGUCGUACUCAUUCCGUUGGCCCCGUUCGAAUUACCGCCUGUGUCAUCGUUCUCCGAAGAAGAAACAAGAAGAGAUAAACGAGCCACGAGAUAUCCGGACAAGACGCGCGCCCACGCGAGAACAGCAUCCGGGGACUAGCUAAACUUAUUAAUUUAGGUGAUAUUUGUUGUUUUGUGUUAUGUCGACACGAUCAAAAUCGUGAUUCAAGUGUUUAUUGAUUGUUAUGACGACCGGCGAACAAUGCGCGGCCUGCUGCG